CCAGCAGAGGGAGAAGGGGGAGGGAGCAGGGAGAGAAGAUGCGGAUUAUGGUGGACGGAGGGCUGAGAGCUGGCUUGUUUAUCCCCGGAGCGCCGGGACCAUGACAGCAAGGGGAGCCGGUGUCCUGAUCGCUGGGUGUCCGAAUCGCGGUCUUCGCACCUGCGGGAAAUUUUAACCCCCUCUGCUCUCUGCUGGCCUUACAAUAUUGCGAGAGUGAUUUUCCGACACGGAGGAGAAUCCGCUGUGUCCCCAGAUCUCCAUCACCUGCGCCCUGUGAUCCGCCUUCCCCAUGGCUGUUCUGUAGCGCGGCUGCUUCUUGCGGAAAACGGCGGGUCUGGAGGAGCGGCGAGGCGAGCUCUUUCGCUGGUGCUGAGCAUGCAGACCCCCGAGUGACAGCGGGGAGAGUCAGGGGCUGUCGGCGAGCCGCCCUCCCUGUCGUUAGCUGGGAGCGGAGCGGAAGCACAAGGUGCUGUUCGGCUGUGCGCCCCGACCGGUGCCGUCCGCUUCUGGGCUGCGGAGACACGGUCUCCGUUCACAGCUCCCCGCGUCACCGCGCAGGUCGAAACCGUUAAACGCCUUUUCUUGUUUUUCUUUUUUUUAAAAAAAAUGAGUGUGCCGUUUCUCCGCUGCGUGGUGCUCUGGGGCACGUCGGCUCACCUGCUGGCUUCGGUCUCCGGGGACGCCGGGGCCCCCGGGAUCCGGGUCCCGCUCUGUAAGGGCCCCCCAGCCGAACCGGCGCUGCAGCCCGAUCCGCCGCCGCCGCCGCCGCCGGGCGCCAGGUCCCGCCCGCCCCGAGCCGCGGGGGACUCCCGCGGGACCGGCGCCGUCAGCUUCGUGGACAUGAUCGAUAACCUGCGCGGGAAGUCCGGGCAGGGCUACUACGUGGAGAUGACCGUGGGCACUCCGCCGCAGAAGCUCAAUAUCCUGGUGGACACGGGCAGCAGUAAUUUUGCUGUGGGCGCAGCCUCGCACCCCUGCCUCCGGAGAUACUACCACCGCUCACUCUCCAGCUCGUACCGCGCCCUGGGCCGCGGCGUGUACGUGCCGUACACCCAGGGCCGCUGGGAAGGCGAGCUGGGCACCGACCUGGUCUCCAUCCCCCACGGGCCCAACGUCACGCUGCGCGCCAACAUCGCCGCCAUCACCCAGUCCCACCGCUUCUUCAUCAACGGCUCCAACUGGGAGGGCAUUCUGGGACUGGCCUACGCCGAGAUCGCCCGGCCCGACGAGACGCUGGAGCCCUUCUUUGACUCCCUGGUGAGACAGACCUCCACCCCCAACCUGUUCUCCCUGCAGCUGUGCGGCGCCGGGUUCGGGCAGAACGACAGCCAGGGCCCAGCCACUGUGGGCGGCAGCAUGAUCAUCGGCGGAGUGGACCCCUCGCUGUACGUGGGGGAGCUGUGGUACACCCCCAUCCGGAGGGAGUGGUACUACGAAGUCAUCAUCGUCCGCAUAGAGGUCAACGGCCAGGACCUUCACAUGGACUGCAAGGAGUAUAACUAUGACAAGAGUAUCGUGGACAGUGGCACCACUAACCUCCGCCUGCCGAGAAAGGUGUUCCAGGCUGCGGUGAAGGCCAUCGAGGCCGCAUCCUCCACAGAACAGUUCCCUGCUGGCUUCUGGCUGGGGGAGCAGCUGGUGUGCUGGCAGGCAGGCACCACGCCCUGGCACAUCUUCCCAGUGGUCUCACUCUACCUGAUGGGCGAGAGCCGCAACCAGUCCUUCCGCAUCUCCAUCCUGCCGCAGCAGUACCUGCGGCCGGUGGAGGACGUGGCCUCCUCCCAGGAGGACUGCUACAAGUUUGCCAUCUCCCAGUCCAGCACGGGGACGGUGAUGGGUGCCGUCAUCAUGGAGGGCUUCUACGUGGUGUUCGACCGGGCACAGCGUCGCAUCGGCUUCGCCGUCAGCACCUGUCACGUGCAUGACGAGUUCCGUGUUGCCUCGGUGGAGGGGCCCUUCCCGGGCGCGGAGCUGGAGGAUUGUGGGUACAACGUGCCGCAGACGGACGAGUCCACGCUGAUGACCAUCGCCUACGUGAUGGCGGCCGUCUGCGCCCUCUUCAUGCUGCCCCUCUGCCUCAUGGUGUUCCAGUGGCGCUGUGCCCGCUGCCUGCAGCCAGGAGGGGGCGACUUUGCAGACGAUAUCUCCCUGCUAAAGUAACCGGGCGGGGGAGGUGGGGUCUCCGGACCAGACCACACCGCACCAUAGCGACAGACUGGACCGAAACGGCGCGUCUCAAGAGCAGGACACAUACAGCAUCACGUUCAUCGACAGGUCUGGAGCAGCACAUCACUGCUCAGAUGGACCAGAGUGAUCCACUGCCCGGAGUGAUACAGUGUGGCACUCCUCUGCCAGCCUGGAGUGCUGCGCCACUCCUCUGAGAGAGCAGAUUGAUACACCUUGCUUCCCGCAGACUGAGGGAUCAUUACCAGUCUUCAAUGAUACAGUAUCACAGUGUUCAGAACGCAGGGUGAUAACAAUAUCACACUCCUCCAGCUCUCUGGGAGGAUAGUGCCCUCUGCACACUCCCUGGGUGCUUUAAGGGGCUGGAGUGAUGUCCGAUUCCUGUCUGCGUCGCUGGUGUAUCAGAUUGCUCUAACGGGGGAGUGAUGCAGUAUCUCCCAGCUGGAGCAGGCCGGAGUGAUGAGCGUGUCACACUGCUGUAAUGGACCAGAGUGAUUCAGUAUGAUCUUGCCAUAUGUUGCGAGUGAUACCUCACACCUGGGCAAUUAGGAAGUGUGUUGCGUCACUCCACCUAAAUGCCCAGGUGCGACUCAACACUCCCGAAUGCAGCCUGGACUCCCACAGGACAGGAAGGCCGGAUACUGUACCUAACACCACCCUAACAUCCGGGGGAUGGGGUGACACCUCACUCUUGGGAUUGCAUCACCCCUGGGGCAGGACUGGGGAGGGCUCACACGACACACAGCCCUGUCCGCCAGAGCAGGCGGAGGGGUGUCUCAGAUCAUUCACUUCCUUUGAAAGCGGCGCAGCAGGGUGUUGUAACUCAGAGCCGCAGUAGCCUUGCUCCCUGGCCCGGGAGGCCAGCUGACUCCUGCCACAGGGACCACACGAUCCCCAGCUGCUCUCCUGACAGAACUCAGCCAGGGGGUCAGCCGCUAUCCCAGGUGCCCAGAUGUCCAUGGCAGGGGGUUCUGGGGAACUAGCUCAAGUAUGUCUGCAGCUACUCUCACACACACACCGUCCACAAACCCCCCCCACAAACACACAGGCCCUUCCCAGCAUCUGCCCCAGCCUGGCUGUGAAUAUCAGAGCAGUGUGACUGUAGACAUUUUACUGUAUUUAAGUACACAAGCAGAAAGACAGAAUAUAUAUAUAAAUCCAGUAACUGACCGGAGGAAGUCUGUGGGCUCGUGGCUCGGGUAGUUGUGUAUAACAGGCUGUAAUUUCUACGGAGGGAGCUCCUCUCUGUGCAGCAGCUGAAUAAACUCCUUCCUAUCUGUCCUGUUA